CCUUGCACCAACCAAAGUUGAGAAGAAUGUGACCGUGCCCAGUCCUAAAUGGUAAUCCGGUUCUGCCGAUGAUGCUGUUCACACAAGUCUUCUCCCAACUGUAUAUAUUUUAUUCCAUGAUUCUGGUUGAGACUUGUUCAGACAUAGGAGGGACCUCUGUGGGAUUAUAAAGAACCUUCUCUAAGCAGCAUGAAUCCCGUCCUGGCUGCUGUGGCACUUGUCUCCGUCUUGGUAUUUCUGUGGUUUAUAAAACAUACACUUGUUAGAGGAAACCUUCCCCCAGGGCCACCACCGCUUCCACUUGUGGGUAACUACCUACAGAUUAUUAAGAUUCAGCUUGUUCCAUUUGUAAAAGAGAUGAGAUGCAGAUAUGGGGACGUCUUCACAAUUUAUUUGGGACAACGCCCGGUGGUUGUGGUGUGUGGUUGCCAGGCGCUGAAGGAUGCUCUCCAUCGUCAUGGGAAUGCAUUCAAUGGACGUGGCUAUACCCCAUGUAUGACUGAAUUUUAUAAAGAUUUUGGAUUUGCAUUCUCCACUAAUUUUGAGAGAUGGAAGGAGCUGAGGCCCUUCUCUUUGUCUAUUUUGAGGAAUGUUGGCAUGGGGAAGAGGAGUGUCGAAUCUCUUGUUCAGGAGGAAGCAAAAUGCCUGGUGACAGAAUUUAGGAAAAAUAAAGGAUCUGAGUUUGAUCCCUUUGGGAUACUUUCCCAAGCAUCGACCAAUAUAAUUUGCUCCCUGACAUUUGGACAACGAUUUGAAUAUGAUGAUGAAGAAUUGAAGUUAUUGAUUAGUACAAUGCAUGAAACAUUCUAUCUUCUAAGUGCUAUAUCUGGCAAGCUAUCAAAUGUAAUUCCUGGAAUAAUGAAAUAUUUACCUGGUACGCAUAAAAAAAUCUUCAAUCACAUGGAAGAUAUUGUCUCCUUCGUAAGGAAGAGAGUUGAAUUAAACCAGAAGACAUUGGACGUCAACUGCCCUCGAGAUUACAUUGAUGCUUUCCUUCUGAAGAUACAAAAGGAACGGAAUCCCAACACAGAAUUCAACAUGGACAACUUGAUCUGUAGCACUCUCCAGAUCUUCUUCGCUGGGAUGGAAACCACCAGUACAACAUUGACCUAUGGGUUUCUGCUUAUUCUCAAAUAUCCUGAUAUCCAAGAAAAAGUCCAUGAGGAGAUUGAUCGCGUAAUAGGCAGAGAUCGCUGUCCUACAUACCAGGACAAGGCAAUGAUGCCUUAUACAGAGGCAGUGAUCCAUGAGUUCCUCAGAUACAAUGACCUAGUACCAUUUAGCAUGCCGCGUAGGAUGACAGAGGACACAGAAUUUUAUGGUUACAAUAUUCCUAAGGGAACCGAUGUUUACCUUUUCUUGAGCUCUGCUCACAAAGAUCCAGAUUUCUUUCCAAACCCAGAAUCUUUCAAUCCUGAGAACUUUCUAGAUGAAGAUGGACGGUUUAAGAAGAGUGAGGCAUUUCUGGUGUUUGCUGCUGGUAAAAGAAAUUGUCUUGGGGAGAGUUUGGCUCACAUGGAAAUGUUCUUAAUUUUCACAUCCAUCCUGCAAAACUUCACUCUGACGUCUCCUCUAUCGCUCGAUGCCAUCGAUAUUGACCCUAUAACGACCGUACUGGGGAACUUUCCCAAACCCUACAUGCUAUAUGCUGAGCCUCGUUAA